AUGGCAUCAGAGACACUCUACAAACUGGGAGAUGGGGAGGAGACCACACUGAAGAAGGAAACCCUCAACGUUUUGAACGCACUCGAUCAAAUGUCGAAGCCCUUUCCAAACCCCAAGUCUAUGAACAGGACCGUCACUACCAAAGGACUCCCAUUUUCCUCAAGGGGCAGUUUGGUUAACUUCUCGGAGGAAGAUGCCAUCCACCUACCGAAGCAGAUGCCAAUGGAGGAUUCUGAAUGCAGCUCCGAUGACACCAGCAUCUCCCCCAUGUCAUCCACUUUGUUGAAUCCCAUCAAAUUGGCCGUGACCCAGCCCAGUAGCAGCUUCUUUGCAGGGAUGCUGGAGGGCGAGCUGAACAAACUCAGCUUCUCCUCGAUGGGCAAGAGUACAGAAAAGGGGGACCUGGCCCUCUGCCCCCAAUCUAAGUCCCAAAUAGCCCCUUGUGGCCUGCUGGACCUUGACAACCCUGAGGUGGACACAGACACCUCCUCAACACCCUCAGAGUCCUCUGUGGUCCUGGAUGUGCCGGAGGCGCCCUUCAUCUAUGAACACACGGUCAGCGAUUCCACGGCUGUGAUUUCCUGGACCUACGCCCCAGGCAAGCAGCGGGUCAGUUUCUACCAGGUCCUGUUGCAGGAGGUGGUCAGGAAAAAUGAUAGUGAGAUGCCCAAGGCAAAGAAUCACCCAUGGAUCUUCGAUAAGAUCUUGGGCACCACCGUCAAGCUGAUGGAGCUGAAGACUAACACGAGUUACUGCCUGACUGUCUGCGCAGCCAACACCGCUGGGGUGGGGAAGUGGUGCAAGCCCUGCAAAUUUGCAACCGUUGAUACAGACUUGACCAGCUUCCCCGAGAACAAUCCUAUCCAGAUCACCGUGAGGCGCAAGGAACCCCAGCGGAAAACCAUAUCCAUCGGAUUGGAGGACAUGCGGAGGCUAGAAGAUCUGGAAUACCUCUUUCUUCGGCCCAGGGCCCUUAGGAACCGGAACCAUGGAAUGUACCAGCAGCAUCAAGCCAGGGAACCGCUGACCACCCUGCUGGUCCCAGGCCUGCGGCCGAGGCCAGAUGGCAGCUCCAUUCACCUGGAGACACCACAGGCCAGGCCAGGUCAGAUCAGCCUCCACUGCCCAUAG